AUGUUUUGGCUGGUGCUGGCCCCGACACUUCUUGUGUUGCCGAGCCCGGCCACCGCUGGGAUUCGGCAGGAAACGGACGGGCCCUCCGAUUUCGUGGUUGAAGCUGUCAACAGAUCGUUCUCGUCGCCUCCAUCUGCAGCAAGACGAUCUUCAACCAUCUACGAUUGGUGUGACUGUGGACAUGGGCUAACAUCGGUUACUUUCUGGCCCAGCCAUGACCGCAGUCUUGCUGUGGCGGUCAAAGCCAACACCACACGCUGGCUGCACUUACCUCAUCGCACAACUGCGCUUAGCUGGAUUUGUGAUGGCAUGAGUUCUGUUGCUUCCACCAGCAUUUUGGGGCCCUCUUCGUCCAAUGCUUAUGUCAGCUUGUUGCUGUCGACGGCGGAGAAGCCCGGCGCGUUUCAUGCGUGUAGUAAGUACACCGGACGACUGCACUGGAAUACUUGGGAGGCGACACCACACGUCUCAAGCGUGCCGUUCACGAGUGGUACGGAGGGCUAUGCAUGCUUCAAAAUCCCAUCGCUGCUGCGCACUGCGGCCGGAACCUUGCUGGCCUUCAGCGAAGCACGCACACCUGAUUGUGGUGAUUUCGCGCGAACCGACACCGUGUACAAGCGCUCGGUGGACGGCGGGCGCAGCUGGGGACCAUUAACCCUGCUUGUGCAGGUGCCCAGAGAGGCGGCAUCCGGUCUUUGUGGGCAUCCCAUGGUGGUCGGCAACAUCGCACCGGUCCAGCUCCAUGCCACCUCGGAACGUUAUCCGAACCGCAUUUUGGUGCCGUACGCGCGGAACAACUUUGAGAUUUGGAUCAUUCACAGCGACGACGAUGGAAUCACAUUCGUAAAUGACCGGCUGAUCCCCAACGUCACCAUCACUGACCGCACAGGCCCUGAAUGUGAUCGUGGCAUGUCUUAUUUUGGCUUCGAUGUCGACCGAGUGUCCAUUGCUAAUGCUGGUGAUUUUCUUCGGUGGGCACAACUGUUGUGCAAUCAGCAUGAUCCGUAUCAUAAUGCGGCGCUGAGGUCGAAGCUGAGUGGGCCGUGGCAAUUUAUUGGCAUAGGUCCGCCCGGCUCGUUGCAACUGCGUGAGUCAGGACGUAUCCUUGUGCCUGGCUAUCACAGCUACGUGCGCGGUCUUCUCCAGUCCCGUGGUACAAUUGCCACCUCGCAGCUCUACAAUGACUUUGCGCUUGCACACGUGAUGAUCAGCGAUGACUUUGGAGACACAUGGCGCUUGGGCACAUCCUGGCCCAUCGGACAAGGUGGGAACGAGAACCAGCUGGUGCAGCUGGGGGAUGGCUCAGUGCUCUCCAACUCGCGGUCGUUUGCGACAGGCUCGACGCAGUUCCGGUUGCAGGCGCGCAGCAUGGACGCAGGCGAGACCUUCAGCGCCAGCACCUAUGUGUAUGAACAGCCGCAGGGCUUUAACGGCUGCCAAGGCUCGACCAUCAGCAGCCACGAGAGCAGCAAUACGGUGUUUGUAGCAGGUCCCGACCCGCCGCAUCCCAACAGUGUUGUUCAAGAGUUGGUUGACCGUCUUGGCUGCGGAUUAAACAUGACGGGGCGCAGCCACUUGACCUUGUGGAAAAGCGUUGAUGGUGGACGUUCGUAUCCGCAGAAAUGGCUCCUUGAUCCGGGGUUGUCGGCCCAAUCGUCGCUACAGACGCUGCCGAAUGGCUUGGCGUUGCUGUACGAACAGGCGGACCCGAAGCCCGGUGAUGACCAGUCCGCCUCCUACAUGUCCAAGCUACUUGGAAAUCUGGAAGUAUUGUUGCCGACAAGAUUUGUGUACAGGGAGGUGCUGCUCUCGGCUGGCACCGAGAAUAGCGAGCCUGCUGGGCUCAGCAGGUCAUGA